CUGAACUGUUGCUGAUGAGAGUGUGUGUCGCUCCGCUGCUCUCUGAUGGAGGAGAUGCUGAUCUGAACACCCGACGGGAAUGUGUCCUCCUCUUCAUCAUGCUCCUGAAGUGUGUGUGUGUCGCUCGGGCCCCGGGGCCGGUCUGACCCCAUGAGGAGCUCGGCCUCCACUGAUCUCAUGCACAGGUUUGAGGUGCUCGGCGUUGUGGGAGAAGGAGCGUAUGGCGUCGUCCUCAAAUGCAGACACAAGGAGACGAAUGAAAUCGUGGCCAUUAAGAAGUUCAAGGACAGUGAAGAGAAUGAGGAGGUGAAGGAGACGACCAUGCGGGAGCUGAAGAUGCUCCGCACACUGAAGCAGGAGAACAUUGUGGAGCUGAAGGAGGCGUUCCGGCGGCGCGGGAAACUCUACCUGGUGUUUGAGUACAUGGAGAAGAACAUGCUGGAGCUGCUGGAGGAUAUGCCUAACGGAGCUCCACCUGAUAAGGUGCGCACAUACAUCUACCAGCUGACCAAAGCCAUUCACUGGUGCCACAAGAACAACAUCGUCCACAGAGAUAUCAAGCCGGAGAAUCUCCUCAUCAGCUCUGAUGACGUGCUCAAACUCUGUGACUUCGGUAAUGUGUGUGACUGUGGCCACGCCCACACUGUAUGCACAUGAUGUGUGUGUGUGUGUGUGUGUGUGUGUGUGUGUGUGUCAGGUCUCUAGACUGUCUGUUAAAUGUUCUGCUGUUCAGUGGUUAAACACACACGUGCAGAUCUCCGGUCCUGCUGGAUCAGUCUAACAUCAGGAGAUCCUCGGUCUGCUCUUCUGUCCG